AGAUAUGACUGUACCAGUUACAAGAAAAGACCUUAUGAUAGUCAAUAUGGGUCCUCACCAUCCAUCAAUGCAUGGUGUUCUUCGACUCAUCGUUACUUUAGAUGGUGAAGAUGUUAUUGACUGUGAACCCAUAUUGGGUUAUUUACACAGAGGAAUGGAAAAAAUUGCAGAAAACCGAACAAUUAUACAAUAUCUGCCUUAUGUAACACGUUGGGAUUAUUUAGCUACUAUGUUCACAGAGGCAAUAACAGUAAAUGGACCAGAACAGUUGGGAAACAUUCAAGUACCUAAAAGAGCUAGCUAUAUCAGAGCUAUUAUGCUGGAACUAAGUCGUAUAGCUUCUCAUUUGUUAUGGCUUGGUCCUUUUAUGGCAGAUAUCGGUGCACAGACACCUUUUUUCUAUAUUUUCAGAGAGAGAGAGUUGAUAUAUGAUCUAUUUGAAGCUGCCACAGGUAUGCGAAUGAUGCAUAAUUAUUUCCGUAUCGGAGGAGUAGCUGCUGAUUUACCUCAUGGCUGGAUAGAUAAAUGUUUGGAUUUCUGCAAUUAUUUUUUAACAGUGGUUGCUGAAUAUCAAAAGCUUAUUACGCGGAAUCCCAUUUUUUUGGAACGAGUUGAGGGGGUGGGCAUUAUUGGUGGAGAAGAAGCAAUAAAUUGGGGUUUAUCAGGACCAAUGCUACGAGCUUCCGGAAUCGAGUGGGAUCUUCGUAAGGUUGAUCAUUAUGAAUGUUACGACGAAUUUGAUUGGGAAAUUCAAUGGCAAAAAGAAGGAGAUUCAUUAGCUCGUUAUUUAGUACGAAUUAAUGAAAUGAAGGAAUCCAUAAAAAUUAUUCAACAGGCUCUGGAAGGAAUUCCGGGGGGACCCUAUGAAAAUUUAGAAGUCCGACGCUUUGAUAGAACAAAGGAUUCUGAAUGGAAUGAUUUUGAAUAUCGAUUCAUUAGUAAAAAGCCUUCUCCCACUUUUGAAUUGUCGAAACAAGAACUUUAUGUAAGAGUGGAAGCCCCAAAAGGAGAGCUGGGAAUUUUUCUGAUAGGAGAUCAGAGUGUUUUUCCUUGGAGAUGGAAAAUUCGUCCACCGGGUUUUAUUAAUUUGCAAAUUCUUCCUCAAUUAGUUAAAAGAAUGAAAUUGGCUGAUAUUAUGACAAUACUAGGUAGUAUAGAUAUUAUUAUGGGAGAAGUUGAUCGUUGAAAUGAUAAUUGAUACGACAGAAACACAAGCUAUCAAUUUUUUUUCCAGACCGGAAUCCUUAAAAGAGGCCUAUGAGCUCAUAUGGCUGCUUGUCCCUAUUUUUUCUCCUGUAUCAGGAAUCACUAUAGGGGUACUGGUUAUUGUGUGGUUAGAAAGAGAAAUAUCCGCAGGGAUACAACAACGUAUUGGACCUGAAUACGCUGGCCCUUUGGGAAUUCUUCAAGCUCUAGCAGAUGGAACCAAACUACUUUUCAAAGAGGAUAUUCUUCCAUCUAGAGGGGAUACUCGUCUAUUCAGUAUUGGACCAUCUAUCGCGGUCAUAUCCAUUCUAUUAAGUUAUUCAGUAAUUCCUUUUGGCUAUCGUCUUGUUCUAGUCGAUCUCAAUAUAGGUGUUUUUUUAUGGAUUGCCAUUUCAAGUAUUGCUCCUAUUGGACUUCUUAUGUCAGGAUAUGGAUCGAAUAAUAAAUAUUCUUUUUCGGGUGGUCUACGAGCUGCUGCUCAAUCGAUUAGUUAUGAAAUACCAUUAACUCUAUGUGUGUUAUCAAUAUCUCUACGUGCGAUUCGUUGGGGCAUAAACUUUUAUUUAAUUUACUUUUUUACUUAAAUUUUCUAAUUUACUUUAACUUUAUUUGAACUUUGACUUUGGUUUCUAGUAAAGAAGUUGAAUGUAUUGACUAGAUUACUUUAAUUUUUUAUUGAUCAUUCCAGUUAAUGAACUUAAGCAGAUAGUUAUAUGAGUGAAACAAAACAGCUUAAAAAUUCGCAGUAAAAAGAUUGAGUCUCUUUCCCUAUGUACAAGAGUUGGGUGGAAGUAAACAUAAGUAAAGCAGUAUAAACUAUUUACCCCAAGAUUGAUUGAUUAAUCAUCAGGGCUUGAAGCGGGUGCAAAAGAUUAAAUGUAUGGAGUUUUUACUAUUGCAUGUAUUACCAUACCGGGGAUCAAACAAAAAAGAGUGGACGGUUAGUAACACCAAGGUACACAAAGGAUUAGUAAUAGAGCUAAUGUAAGUUUGGACUACAUAAAAGGAAUUUUAAUGGGGCUUUAAGUUGGUAGAAAUGAUCAAGAAGUACUUUCCCAUGAUCCCGAUUCAGAGUAUCCUCCUAUCCACUGAUUAAAGAAAUGACUAUCAGGAACGAAGUAAUCUUUUUAUUUUUUUUUAGAGUCCCCUUUUCUGAGAAAGAAGAAUAGGAACGAAAGAAAUGGAAUGCAAUUGCAUGCAAU